AUGGAGGUCAGCAGCCUGCCAGUGGAGCUAUGGCAGCUCAUCCUGUCCUACGUGUGCCUCCCUGACCUGGGCUGCUGCAGCUUGGUCUGCAGGGCCUGGUAUGAGCUUGUCCUCAGCCUGGACAAAAGACGCUGGCGGCAGCUCUGCCUGGGCUGCCUUGAGCACAGACCCCCCAACUGGCCCAGCUAGCCCAGCAUGGAGCCACAGUCCUGGAGAGAAGCCUUCAAACAGCACUACCUGGCCUCCAAAAUUUUCUAGAGGAGGAAGGGCCGGCGGCGGCUCUGUGUUGGCACAGGGGGCGAGUUCAGCAGCCUCCAGACUGCUCUGGCCUCUGCCAGCCCCUACAGUCGUCUCGUGCAAGGGGAGGAGCAGAGCGAGGUGCUGUUGAAGGUGCCUGUGGAGGUCAUGGAGCAGGGCAAGCUGGGGGCUGUGGCACUGCUGGUGAGCACUGCCCAGCACUGCCCCACUGCCCGCCUCUCCAACGUGGUCUUCAUGCCGACCCGCUUCACCUCGGUGCUCUACAAGACAACCUCAGGCUAUGUCCAGUUUGACAAUUGCAUCUUUGAAAGCGGGCAGCUGCAGAUCCAUGCACCAGGGACGUGCCAGGUGAAGUUCUGCACCUUCAGCCAGUCCAGCAUCUACCUCCGCAGCGUGGCCCUCUGUGUGCUGGAGAACUGUGAGUUCACUGGCAGCGAAAACGCCUCUGUAACUGUGGAGGGCUGCUCGAGCUCUGACCGUAACAGGGCCUGCAAGCACCUGGCCAUGCUGGAGAACUUGCAGACAGCAAAGGAGGAGGAGUACCCAGCCCUCGACUCAAAGUCCAGUGACACUGACUUGUGCAGUGAGGAUGAAGAGGAUGCUUGGGGUGUGUACAAACUGCCCUACCAGGCCCACAGCCUGAGUCACAUGCUUGCUGAUGUUACAGACAGCGGGCUUCGAAGCAACAGACAGCAUGCCCUUCAGAGGGACCUUAAGCUUAAAUCUCUGCAGCAGGAGCUGCAGCAGGACAAGGAGGCCCAGGCUUUGGCCAGCUCUCUGCAAGGCUGCAUCAUCUUACAGUGCCUUUUCAGGAACAGGAAGGGAGGAGUCUUCAUUUAUUCUUGAGGGCAAGUAAAGCUAGAAGGAAGCAUCUUCGGGGACCUGACCUAUGCAAUGCGCUGCAUACAGAACAGGAAGGUGCUGUGA